CGUCUCGUCUAGUCCACACUCGCCAAGGAAAUCCUAGUCCGUUUUUCUGACGGGGCUCUGCCGACUACACAGCGGAACAGCGCCCGCUUCAUGACCUUGCACUGAAUGUCAUUAUAGAGCGAUUUUUACCCGCCGACACGGACGCUGACCACAGCCAUGGAGAUUGUUACUCAUCUAAUAAAUGACACCAUAGAGUUCUAUAAAUGGAGCCUCACUAUUGCAGACAAACGGGUGGAGAAAUGGCCUCUUAUGGACAACCCUCUGCCCACUUUGGCAAUCAGCACCUCCUACCUGCUAUUUCUCUGGCUGGGGCCUAAAUACAUGAAGAACAGAGAGCCCUUCCAGCUCCGCAAAACCCUCAUCAUCUACAACUUCAGCAUGGUCUUCCUCAACUUCUUCAUCUGCAAAGAGCUAUUUAUGGCUGCCAGGGCAGCAGGCUACAGUUACAUUUGCCAACCGGUCGACUAUUCGGAUGACCCCAAUGAAGUCAGGGUAGCAGGUGCUCUGUGGUGGUAUUUCAUCUCCAAGGGCAUAGAGUACCUGGACACGGUAUUUUUCAUCCUGAGGAAGAAAUUCAAUCAGGUCAGCUUCCUACAUGUCUACCAUCACUGCACCAUGUUCACCCUCUGGUGGAUCGGCAUCAAAUGGGUGGCUGGAGGACAAUCAUUCUUCGGUGCCCACAUGAACGCAGCUAUCCAUGUCUUGAUGUACCUGUAUUAUGGCCUGGCCUCUUGUGGACCUAAGAUCCAGAAGUACUUAUGGUGGAAGAAGUAUCUGACCAUCAUCCAGAUGAUCCAGUUCCACAUCACCAUCGGCCACACAGCCCUGUCCCUCUACGUGAACUGUGACUUCCCCCACUGGAUGCACUACUCCCUCAUCUGCUACGCCAUCACCUUCAUCGUCCUCUUCGGUAACUUCUACUAUCAGACCUACCGCCGCCAGCAGCCCCGACGUGACACCUCCUCCUCCAAGCCGGGCAAGACCUUCUCUAACGGGGCCCUCAAUGGGCUCAGCAAGGCCGCCAACGGGUCAGUGGUGAUGGGAAGCAAGGCCGAGGAGAAGGCCCCAGAAAACUCAGGAAGGAGGAAGAGGAAAGGAAGAGCAAAAAGAGAUUAG